AUGGACUGGCCUCAGAUGCCAGGAUCGUUCCCUGGAACACCGCUGUCUAACCCUCGAUAUAAUGCCGCUACUCAGUCCCAAACUCCAGUGGCUCGCGCCGACCUUCCGCCACCUAUACUUUUUGAACAGAAAGAGCAAGUAGGUACCAAAACCGCCGCCCAGCGCCAUCUCAUUGGCCAACUCAACUCGCUAACCUACUUCGUAAUUGGUUACCAGUUUGUGAAAUACUGUUACUCGUCAUGCUUGCCGCCUCUCUUCUUCCAUUCACUCAUCCAGCAACUGCUACAUGUUGAGGAAAUCACCGGCAACAACAGAAGCUCUCGCACGAUUUUUAGCGAGGCCAUAGCUCUACAGGAACGGCAAGCCGAACUGACAGGAAUCCCUUUCGACCGCCGAGGCUGGGCUCGCCUCUUGGAGUCUCGUUUAACUCAGUUUAUAUAUUGGAAAUUUCUUGUCGUGGCAGUGUGGCACACCUUGUUUGUGGUGAUAUUCUUACAAGGGGAGGCUGCAGGCGGUAGACUAGCCAACUUGAGCUUUGGUCUGUGGUACUCAUUGUCAUUCAUGGGCGAGAGCUAUCCUUCUAGCUACCUUGUCCUGGAUCCAUGGUGGCUCCGGCUCUGGAAGUUGGGGCUCGUGGAGCUUUUGGUAUGCGACGUGGUCAUUCUCGUGCUUCAACUUUGUGUGUUCCAAAGCAUAUACUUGCAGCUGACAAUCUCUCCCCGGGGUCUAGCAUUGGGAGAGGACGAGGUGAACAUAGUGCGGGCACAGCCGGGUGGAUCAGGAGAGGUCAAAGUGGACCUGGAGGGACGGAUGGAUGUUUUGCAUAUCAAAUUGUUUCAAUUGUUUGAUCGAGAGGCGUAUAUGUGA